AUGAGCGCAAAUCCCCAGAACGUUAUCCGCAGGAAGUUGGUCAUUAUCGGUGAUGGUGCCUGCGGCAAGACUAGUCUGCUGAGCGUCUUUACGCUAGGAUACUUCCCUACACACUACAUCCCUACAGUCUUCGAGAACUAUGUGACGGAUUGCAGAGUGGACGGCAAGUCGGUCCAGCUCGCCCUAUGGGAUACCGCCGGCCAGGAAGAUUACGAGCGAUUACGGCCUCUUGCAUACUCAAAAGCCCAUGUCAUCCUGAUAGGGUUCUCCAUCGAUACUCCAGAUUCCCUCGACAACGUUAAACACAAGUGGAUCGAAGAGGCUACCCGCCUAUGCAGCGGUGUCCCUAUUAUCCUCGUCGGUUUGAAGAAGGACCUCCGAGAAGACCCGGUCGCGAUCGAGGAGAUGCGCAAGAAGUCGCUGCGAUUCGUUUCCGAGCACGACGGCGAGGCUAUCUGCCGCGAGAUUAACGCCAAGCGGUAUCUGGAAUGUUCUAGCUUGAGCGGCGAGGGCGUCGAUGAUGUCUUUGAGGCUGCCACUCGCGCCGCCCUCUUGACCUUUGAGAAGGGUGAGGGCGGUGGUUGCUGUGUCGUGCUGUAA